AUGGAGAUAACCGCGCAAAACGAACCCGAGAACAUGUCUUCAGCAAACACCUUGGCACCAGCUAUAACAGAGCACCCAGCGGAGACGAAGAUGGCUUCUCAAUCGCGUAAAGUGUCUCAAGACCUUGACUGUGUCAAUAUGCUGAAUACCUUCCACCGCCACUGGUAUGGCUAUGGCCGUAGGCAUCAUAUCGCUCACACGCAGGGGUGUCAGUCUCACGCCUCUGUUAGGAGUGCUAGCCGUCAUGAGGUUAACGCGGCUGCUGAUGAGGAAGAUUCCGUGGAUAAUAACCAUUCAUUGGCUGGCAGCGAAGGCGGUUGGAGCUCCAAGAUCGAAUGUCAUGAAUCAACAAAGCGACGGGUCGGAUAG